AGCAAGCCCGUGACGGCUGGAAAAAAAGGAGAGACCGAAAAUCCAAAGCAAAUCUGUCAAAAAAAAAGUGCAUGGGAGACGUGUGAAGGACGACGUGGACUAGAAUGGCCGAUGAUGUGGUAGAGGACGUGGCAGAGGACGUGGUGAGAAACCAAUUUGUUUCCAGGGCAGAGUGAAAAAGAAGAAAUGGGAUGGCUGCGACGUUAGCGGUGGUGGCGGCAGCGGGCUUGGAAGGAUUGGGGUAGUAGCUGUAGAGCUUUACAGGGCCAUGGAGAACAGGACCAGGCAGUGGGCUCAUAUUAUGCUGGACAAGCAGCAGCGAGAUGUGCACAUUGAGAGCAAGAAGCGCACCAUCGAUCGGACUAUGCAGUUCUGGAUGCGCUGCAUGUCGAUCUAUGCCAGCUACAAGGUGUGCCAAAUCCGGGUCCAGUUCGUCAGUGACAAGCAGGAGCAAGACAGGAUUUGGGAGGAACAGCAUGAGAGUGCGGCCGAAAAGGUUUACGCUCUUUGUACUGACCUCGGUGGAUUCUUCCUAAAAUCUGCUCAAGUUCUGGCAAAACCGGAUUUGGUUCCUGCAGCUUGGGUGAAGAAGCUUGUUGUGCUGUGCGACGAUGCUCCUCCUACACCUUUCGAGACUGUCCAGGGUAUUGUGGAAGCUGAGCUUGGAAACCCAAUCAAUGCACUCUUCGAACGUUUCGAUCAGAAGCCCCUUGGCUGUGCUUCGAUCGCUCAGGUUCACAGAGCGCGACUAAAGGGUCGAUCGACUGACGUUGCUGUCAAAGUGCAACAUCCUGGUGCUGAAGAGCUGAUGAUGACUGAUAUAUCCAAUCAGAAAACAUUUGGAGCAUUCUUGCAGCGUUUCGAUGUAAAGUUUGAUCUUGUUUCGGCUGUCGACGAACUCGAGCAGCAGGUUCACCAUGAGUUCGAUUUCCUGAGGGAAGCGAAGUCAAUGGAUCGGAUUGCGGUUACUUUAAGCAAAGAGAAUCGUGGGAGCCCUCCCAUUCAGGUUCCUCGUCCUGUUCCAGGAUUCGUAACAAGAAAAGUUCUGGUAAUGGAUUUUGUUGAGGGCAUUCCGAUUUUACGUAUAGCGGAUGAGAUGAUUAAACGAGGCAUUAAUCCCCACGGAAGUGUUGCGAACCAUGCAAAGAGGUCGAUAUUGAAGGAUAUCACUGCAGCUUACGGCCAAAUGAUAUUGAGAGACGGGUUUUUCCAAGCUGACCCACACCCAGGAAACAUACUUGUGAAAAGCAAUGGCAAGGUGGCAUUACUGGACUACGGACAAGUCAAGGAACUCCCUAAUGAGUUGCGGCUCGCUUUUGCGAGGCUGAUACUUGGAAUGUCUUCUCAUGAUCCAAAGCGGAUUGAGCUAGCUUUCGGGGACUUGGGGAUUGAAAUCUCGAAACUGUCCAUGAUUGGUGAGGGCUCGAUCAAAGAUCUGGCCACAAUCAUGUUUGACACGAAACUUCCCGGUGGGUUAACAGUGGUGAAUCCGUUUGCAGACGACUCGCUUCUCAAGCAGAUAUCAGUUCCCAAGUUUCCCAGGGAUUUGUUUUUCCUCCUUAGAACGAUUCACAUACUUAGAGGCAUUAGCAUGGGCAUGGGAAUAAGUUACUCCGUGGCGGACGAGUGGAAAAAGCUUGCCGAUGAGGCUUUGAAAGCCGCGAACCAGAUAUCUACGGGCUCACAGAACGGGAAAGGCCAGGCAAAGAUUAGGAGCAUCGAGCAGCAGCAGAGCUCUCAGUGGAGGCGGGCUAUCAAAUAUCAGCAAAAGAAACAACAGCAAUGGCGUCGAGAGGCGGUCCAAAAUGUGUUGCGUGGUUGUGCGACACGUGACGAGAAGCUAUCCCACGUGCCGGAUCACCUGUUAUGGAACUCAUCUCUGGUACGAGCAAUGAAGCCGUGGCGUACCGAAGCACAUCCGCAUUUUCUUCCUGCUGCUCAAGAAGCCGAGUAUCUUGAAUUUGAUCUACCAGAUAUCUCGUUGUUUACAGGAGAACCAAUGUUCGUCACCGGCAGCGAAGGACGAGACGCCCCGAGCGCUCUGAUCGAUCGAGUCCAUCCAUUCACAGGGGAUCCACUUGAUCUUUAA